AUGUGGAUGUUCAGAGAACGGCCAGACUGUGGAACAACGCGCGCCUUGAAUUCAUAUCGCGGAGAGCGGAGAGGGUUCGAGUACAAAACUCCUCGAAUACGCCUCACGCCAAAGGAUCUCGAAGGCACUAGGCUGGCGAGGCCGAAGAUCUUACACUUCAUAUGCUCACCUUCCCGAGCAUCGUCCAUCAUGUCUGAGGUUCAAGAUGGGUGGAAGCCAAUUACGGUAUACGAGCCUAUUCCUGAUCGGUGUAUCCCCGAAGAGCUUCCAGCACUGAGAAAGGUUCUGGCCCGGAUAUCGGUCCUGAGUCCAAAUGCCGAAGAAGCCCUUUCACUGUUGUCUCUUGCCGUCUCCACGUCGAAAGACGCGAUUGAAAAAGCGGCCGACCAAUUCCUCGACAUGGGAGUUGGUGAAAAUGGCGAUGGUUGGGUUGUUAUUAGGAGUGGUCCACUUGGCGCAUACAUAAAGUCUCGCAAGACGAGUGGCUCUUGGGUGGAAGCCUUCUGGACGGCCGAGAAUGCUGAGAAGGUCGUUGAUGUAACUGGUAAAGCUGUUGCUUUCGGCUUCGUGAAGGCGAAUCUCAUGAAGGAGUAG